AGGACGCUGGUGCAGGUUGCGGCGUCGCAGUGGUUGUAGAUCCUGGAGCAGUCUACGGGGGCGGUCCACUUUUCCCCAGAUGCCUGCUGGCAGAAACAGUCAAGAUUACGUAACAAUAACGAGAAAGCUCACCCAUGCUCACCGCGAGCCACCUGUCACACGGAGCAUGCCUGGUACCUGAGGUGCCCUCUAAUUUUUGUCCUCUAGGUGGCCGCCUGACCGACCACCUUUCCGCCUCCGCAGGACUGGGGAUUCGUUACCUCCUGCGACUUAGGUUGGAAGUUAAGUAGUUUUGGAUGGUUGUUGAAUGGUCCCUGAAGUCCCUGGAAACGUUCCCUGCUUCCGCGCUCCUGCUCAGAGGCUCGCGUGCGCUCCAGAUUCAGAUCGGAUCCACCUGUAACCCCCCGCCAUGGCCAUGGAAGGCCCUGCUGCUGCUGCUGCUGCUGCUGCUGGAGUUGCUGCUGCUGCUGGAACCGAAAUGGACGUCAACACUGCUUUGGAAGAGGUGCUGAAGACCGCCCUGGUCCACGAUGGCCUGGCACGAGGAAUUCAUGAAGCUGCCAAAGCCUUAGGCAAGCGCCAAGCCCAUCUUUGCGUGCUUGCAUCCAACUGUGAUAAACCUAUGUACAUCAAGUUGGUGGAAUCCCUUUGUUCUGAGCACAAAAUCAACCUAAUUAAGGUUGAUGACAACAAGAAACUAGGGGAGUGGGUAGGCCUCUGCAAAACUGACCGAAAGGGGAAACCCCGUAAAGUGAUAGGCUGCAGUUGUGUGGUGGUUAAGAACUAUGGCGAAGAGUCUCAGGCUAAAGACGUCAUUGAAGAGUACUUCAAAUGCAAGAAAUGAACAGCAACGACAAAAGUGGCUUAUUUUCCUUUAAGUUCCUGGAAACGUAGAGAAGUAGUAUUAUCUCAAACUCUUGAGUUUUCGCCGGAAAUAACAGCACUUCUUAGGGUUUCUUCCAAAUGUAAACUCUGCAUAUUAUCUUCUUAUUUAUGGUGGAAAUUUUCAUCUGUUUGGAAGUUUACAAACAGCAUAAGGUUUGGUCUAGCUUUGCUAAGGUUUAAUUGACAAAUUAUAUGUAUGUUGCACAGUGUGAUGUUUUGAUAUGCAUAUUUAUAUACUAUAUAUAGUAAUGUUAAAAUAUAUAUAUAUAUAUAUAUAUAUAUAUAUAUAUACAUAUAUACAUGCAUGCAGGUAUCUCUUUGACAGACUGAUUUAAUUAUCUUUGGAUAAAUACCCCGAAGUUGAUACUACAGUAUUUUAUUUUGGGGAGAACUUCCAUACUGUUUUCCAUAAUGACUAUAAUACUUUUACAUUUCUGCAAGAGUGUUUUUUUUUUACUUAAAUUUACUAUAUAGACAUUGAAUUAAAUCUUUCAAUACCCUGAUCUUCACCCAAAGCAACAUUCCUUACAAGGAAAAGAUGCUCCAGAAAGUGAGUAUCUUCCUAGACUCCUAUGCUGUCUGGAGACUGAUCUAUAGUAGCCUUCAAUGAGUUUGUUAAGUAUAAAAUAAGAUAUUAAAUAGCCAGUAGGAGAUAGAAGCAACAAAUAACAAAAUAUCAUUAACUUAGGUGCUACAAACAUCCUGCAGAGAGACAACUGGGGUAGCCCAAUUGAGAGAGCAAAGAAAAGGUAGGGUCAAAUCAGGAACUUAAAUAUCCAUCAGAAGUCACCAAGAAUCCUCACUGAGACAACAACCUAGAGUUCCUGAUCAGAGGUGAGGCUUCCGUGUGAAAGAACAAGUAACAGCAGGUAGAAAUAUCAUCGGGUCAGGCGCUUACAGUCAACCAGCAGAAACUGACGGGGGAAGCCCCGGAAACAGAACCAGCUGUCACCAUUGAGAAUCUCAAGAGCCCAUCGCUUGUUCACUGCUAAGCUUCCCACAACCGAUUUCUGGCUAUUUUCACUCUAGGCAUUGUUAUAACAGUAACAGUAACUUCUGUUGGAAUUGCUUCACUUUCUAGCAGUUCUCAAGGACACAACCAUUUUUGUUUUGUUUUUGUGUUUAUUUCUUUCUGCUUUUCUCUUCCUGCUACAGAGCCACAGACCAGGCUGACUCAGCACAGGGGAGAUGGGAGUUUUAGGAUGCUUGGCCCAGAAGGGGCACAGCUAGCCCUGCCUCCAGCUUCAGCUUCUUGGCUUAAAGAGCACAAGACAGUUUACCAAUUAAUGGCAUUCCAACACCUGAGCCAUUUAAAGACUGUUUGUAAAGACUGCCUGUCUACAUGCUUCACACAUAAAGCAUGCUUAGGAGUCCACUGCCUCGCCCAUUCUUCCCCUACCUCUCCAACAUGAGUUGCAGGUCUUGGUUAUUGCUACUUUAAACGUAUGCUCCUAUAGAUUUUUCUUUGAUUACACCUGCAGAAAAUACCUAAGAGUGUAGAUUCUCUUUAAAAGAGGGUGAAAGGGAAAAUAUGCCACAUUUGUGAGUGAACUUAUAGACAUCACUGUAAAGGCUGCUAAUCCCAGUUUUAAUCCCAGUGCUUGGAGACAGAGGCAGCAAGAGAUCUGUGAGUUCAAAGCCAGCCUGGUCGACAUAGUGAGUUCUAGGACAGCCAGAGAGAAAGACCCUGUCUCAAAAGAGAGGGGGGAGAGAUAGAUAGAUAGAUACAGAGAGAGAGAGAGAGAGAAUCACCAUAAAACUAUUAUGAAAAUGAGUCCCUGUAGGCAAAUUUUGGAACCAAUUUUUUUUUUAAUUUCUACAAUAAAGAGUAAUCUCUGAGACUAAAGAGAAGGCUCGGCAGUAAGGAUCUCUUUCUGCUCGUGCAGAGGACCCAAGUUUGAUUCCCAGCACCCACAUGAUGUCUCCCAACUGUAACUUCAAUUCCAGGGAAUUCCAUUGCUCUUCUGGCUUCCAUGGGCUCCUACACACACACCAGGAGUAUCUGCAUACAUUUGGGCAAACACCUACACAUAAGAGUAAAUAUCUUUUAAAGAGUAAUCUCAGAGGAAGUACAGCCAUAAAGUCGUGCUCACAAUACACUUAUAUUGGGAGAUAUGGAUUUUUCUCGAGACAACUACAUAGAAAUGACUUGUUUAACAUAUUCACUCAAAUUGUCAUAUUUAAAGUUGCUAGGGCUAGAGAGAUGGCUCAGCGGUUAAGAACACUGACUGUUCUUUCGGAGGACCUGGGUUCAAUUCCCAGCAACCACAUGGAAGCUCACAACUGUCUAACUCCAGUUCCAGGGACUCCAACACCCUCGCACAGACAUAUUCACAGGUAAAAACACCAGUGCACGUAAAUUAUUAAACAAAUGAACUUGCAAUAUGUCCCACUUCCCAUUGCUCUGAUUUUUAGUACAAAUUCUUACCCAAGGAAACACUAUGUACUUGUCUUAUGCUUAUUAUAUUCACUAAAAUGUAAAAUAAAUGGAUUUUUAUUGUUAUUGCAGAAGAGCACUAA